AGCCGGCAGCGGAGUGAUCGCGCGCCUAGUUGUCUAGAGCGACUCCCGCCAGCCUCGUGCAGUAGCAGCAUCGCGCCGCCCCCUCCAUCCCGAGCCGGCUCCCACCUAUCGCUCUCCAUUGUCGGUUGUGGCAGUGUAAGACAUGUCCGAGGAAAGUGCCGAGCCACGGAAAGAGCCUGCCGGCGGAGAGAAGGAAGAAGAGAGGAUGACCGUGGAGGAGGCGGGGGAUGCUGGCGGGAAGAAGCCGCAGCAACCUGAAGAUGAAGCCGCCGUCAAGGAGGAACAGGAGUCUAGUAAAGAAGAGAAUGACUCCCUUAAUAAAACAAAAGAAAGUAAUGAAAUGGAUCCCGAUUAUGAAGAAAAGAGGAAAGAAGACCGCUCCAACAGAUUUGAUUACCUUCUGAAGCAAACAGAGUUGUUUGCACAUUUUAUCCAACCAGCAGCACAGAAGACUCCAACAUCUCCAUUAAAAAUGAAGCCUGGUCGUCCUAGGUUAAAGAAAGACGAGAAGCAGAAUCUGAUAUCUGCUGGGGAUAACCGACAUCGGAGAACUGAGCAGGAAGAGGAUGAAGAACUUUUAACUGAAAACUCAAAGUCUACUAAUGUUUGCACCCGAUUUGAAACGUCACCAUCAUAUGUGAAAGGUGGAACAUUAAGGGAUUAUCAGGUCAGAGGCUUGAACUGGCUUAUAUCAUUGUAUGAGAAUGGCAUCAAUGGUAUCCUGGCUGAUGAAAUGGGUCUUGGCAAGACUCUGCAGACUAUUAGUCUUCUUGGGUAUAUGAAACACUACAGGAGCAUUCCUGGCCCGCAUAUGGUAUUAGUUCCCAAGUCUACCUUGCAUAAUUGGAUGGCUGAAUUCAAAAGAUGGGUCCCUUCCCUACGUGCAGUUUGUCUUAUUGGAGACAAGGAUCAAAGAGCUGCUUUUGUCCGUGAUGUUCUUUUGCCAGGGGAGUGGGAUGUUUGUGUGACUUCAUAUGAAAUGCUUAUUAAGGAAAAGUCUGUUUUCAAGAAGUUUAACUGGCGAUACUUGGUUAUUGAUGAAGCUCACAGAAUCAAGAACGAAAAAUCUAAGCUGUCUGAAAUUGUGAGAGAAUUUAAGACUACAAAUCGUCUCCUCCUAACUGGAACUCCCCUUCAGAAUAACUUACAUGAACUUUGGGCACUUUUGAAUUUUUUGCUUCCAGAUGUAUUUAACUCUUCAGAGGAUUUUGACUCUUGGUUUGAUACCAACAACUGUCUUGGGGAUCAGAAACUAGUGGAGCGUCUUCAUUUGGUGUUGCGGCCUUUCCUUCUGCGACGUAUAAAAGCUGAAGUGGAGAAGAGUCUUCCUCCAAAGAAGGAACUUAAAAUCUAUGUUGGCCUGAGUAAGAUGCAGAGGGAAUGGUAUACAAAGAUUUUGAUGAAAGACAUUGACAUUUUGAACUCAUCAGGAAAGACUGAUAAAAUGAGGCUGCUGAACAUUCUGAUGCAGCUGAGAAAGUGUUGCAAUCAUCCUUACCUUUUUGAUGGUGCUGAGCCUGGGCCGCCGUAUACCACAGAUAUGCACUUAGUUACAAAUAGUGGUAAAAUGGUUGUGUUAGAAAAGCUUCUCCCUAAGCUAAAAGAGCAAGGUUCUCGUGUGCUGAUAUUCAGCCAGAUGACAAGAGUCUUGGAUAUCUUGGAAGAUUACUGCAUGUGGAAAAACUUUGAAUAUUGCCGCUUGGAUGGACAAACUCCACAUGAUGACAGACAAGAAUCCAUCUUGGCUUUUAAUGCUCCUGGCAGUUCAAAAUUCCUUUUUAUGUUGAGCACACGUGCUGGUGGACUUGGAAUUAAUCUUGCUACAGCUGAUGUUGUCAUCAUUUAUGAUUCUGACUGGAACCCUCAAGUAGAUCUUCAAGCCAUGGACAGAGCACACAGAAUUGGGCAGACGAAAACUGUAAGAGUGUUUAGAUUCAUAACAGACAACACAGUUGAAGAACGUAUUGUGGAGAGAGCAGAAAUGAAACUCCGUUUGGAUUCCAUAGUGAUUCAGCAAGGAAGGUUAGUCGACCAAAACUUAAAUAAGCUAGGAAAGGAUGAAAUGCUUCAGAUGAUCAGACAUGGUGCUACCCACGUGUUUGCUUCAAAGGACAGUGAAAUCACUGAUGAAGAUAUUGAUGGUAUCUUAGAAAGGGGUGAAAAAAAGACGGCGGAGCUCAAAGAAAAACUUUCAAACAUGGGUGAAAGUUCACUGAGAAACUUCACUAUGGAUACAGAGUCCAGUGUAUAUAAUUUUGAAGGUGAAGAUUACAGAGAAAAGCAAAAGAUGGCAUUUACAGAGUGGAUUGAACCACCAAAGCGUGAAAGAAAAGCCAACUAUGCAGUGGAUGCUUAUUUUAGAGAAGCACUUCGUGUCAGUGAGCCCAAAAUACCCAAAGCUCCACGACCACCAAAACAGCCCAAUGUUCAGGACUUUCAGUUCUUUCCUCCACGAUUGUUUGAAUUACUGGAGAAAGAAAUUCUCUAUUAUAGGAAAACAAUUGGUUAUAAGGUACCUCGAAAUCCAGAAUUGCCAAAUGCAGCCCAGGCACAAAAGGAGGAACAGUUAAAAAUCGAUGAAGCAGAACCUCUGAAUGAUGAAGAACUGGACGAAAAGGAGAAGUUGCUAACACAGGGUUUCACCAAUUGGAACAAGAGAGAUUUCAAUCAGUUUGUAAAGGCCAAUGAAAAAUGGGGAAGGGAUGACAUUGAAAAUAUUGCCCGUGAAGUGGAGGGCAAAACUCCAGAUGAUGUAAUGGAGUAUUCAGCGGUGUUCUGGGAAAGAUGCAAUGAACUACAAGACAUAGAGAAAAUAAUGGCUCAAAUAGAAAGGGGAGAAGCAAGAAUACAGAGGAGAAUAAGUAUAAAGAAAGCAUUAGACACAAAGAUUGGACGUUACAAGGCACCGUUCCAUCAGUUGAGGAUAUCUUAUGGCACCAACAAAGGAAAAAAUUACACAGAGGAGGAAGAUCGUUUUCUUAUCUGCAUGUUGCACAAACUUGGUUUUGAUAAAGAAAAUGUUUAUGACGAACUUAGGCAGUGCAUCAGGAACUCUCCUCAGUUCAGAUUUGACUGGUUCCUGAAGUCAAGGACUGCAAUGGAACUACAAAGAAGGUGCAACACUCUGAUCACUUUAAUUGAAAGGGAAAACCUUGAGUUGGAGGAGAAGGAAAAAGCGGAGAAAAAGAAACGUGGACCAAAAACUUCUUCAGCUCAGAAACGGAAAAUGGAUGGCGCUCCAGAUGGCAGAGGUAGAAGGAAGAAGCUCAAGCUUUAAAGCUUGUAAGCUGUAUUCAAUACGUUUCAGAAGUAGUUCUUUGCUUUACGGGUCUUCAUAAGAUGUACUGUACACUGAUCGGCUAUUAUGUCAUUCAACGACAUCAGGUUCAUCUGUUUAUUAAACUAGAAUCUUAGUA